CUGGGUCUUUCCAAAGGAUAACAGGUGCAGUGCAACUGCAUAUACCUGCUCAGCUGGACAAGCCUUUAACAUGGAAAGAAGGCUCCUAAAGAAGGAAAUUAAAAAGCUCCUGAGAGAUUAUAUUGGCAUCAGACUCCGGGAGAAUGAAUUUGAUCCAAAAGGAAGAAGACAACUCACUUUUCUAGAUGAUAUGGCACACUAUGACCUGGCCAUCAGUGCUGCUUUGCAAUGGGUGGAUCACUCAGAAGAUUUAACUUGGCUGGAAUGGGAGGAAGUGAAAAUGCCAUUUCGGGGUAGACCCAUAUAUCCAAACCACAGAGAACGAGAAGCAAUGAUUUUAUCAUCUUAUGCUGGAAUCUUAAUGAACAGUAUCCCAAUUGAGGAAGUCUUUAAAAUUUAUGGGGCUGAUGCUUCUGCCAGUUAUGGAACUGCCAAGGUUCCCCGAGCUCCACCCUUCCGCCUCUCCUUGCACCCUUUUGCCAUGUUGACAGCACCCAAAGCAGCAGAAUAUGCCCGCAAACAGAGUGUCAAGUUAGGAAGGGGAGCAACGAAUAAAAAUGCCACCAGCGGCUCUACGAGGAGAGCAAAUGCCAUGGAAUGGAAAUCAUCCAAAAAAUUGUCUUUGAACACACAGCCUAAGAACAAAGUGACUUAGCAACUUGGAAUUGCACCAUGAGAGUUCACAAUAAAAUCUCUGGGAGAGGAAAAAACCAUCAUGUUAGAAUUGCGACUCUUGCCGGAAUAUUUUCUUUGCAAUUAGUUUCUGAUACAAAGUGCAUUGAAAUGUUAUUUGGAUGGUGAGCUUUUUUCUCUUAGAAUCAUGUUGUUUGGCUAUAUUGUGGUUAAAAAAAAGUAUGUAUCUUAUACUACUUCAUUGUGAUUGGAGGAUGUGGAGAAUAUAUACUAUUCCCAUCUCAGGCCAGGCUGGCUUUGUAGCACAUUUUACAAAAGGUUAGCACUGAACAUUGCAGAAUAUUAGAGUAGGAGGUAGUUUUCCAAAGAUUCAAUCCAAAAUAAAAUUGACCUGUCAUUGAUUGUCUUUAGUAUAUUCUCAUACGGAAACAUUUAAACAUUUCAAUAAAGCAUCAAAAGAAAAA